AUGUCCUGCCUCCGGCUCCGGUUCCUCCUCCUCCUGCUGCCGUGCUUCGGGCCGCCGGGUUCGUUCCCUCGGCAGGGGGAUGGGGUCCCGGAGCGCGGGGGAUGGGGUGCCGGAGCGCGGGGGAUGGGGUCCCGGAGCGCGGGGGAUGGGGUCCCGGAGCGCGGGGGAUGGGGUGCUGGAGCCCAGGGGAGGGUCCCGGAGCCCGGGGGAUGGGGUCCCGGAGCGCGGGGGAUGGGGUCCCGGAGCGCGGGGGAUGGGGUGCUGGAGCCCAGGGGAGGGUCCCGGAGCCCGGGGGAGGGUCCCGGAGCGCGGGGGAAGGGGUGCCGGAGCGCGGGGGAUGGGGUCCCGGAGCGCGGGGGAAGGGGUGCCGGAGCGCGGGGGAUGGGGUCCCGGAGCGCGGGGGAUGGGGUGCUGGAGCCCAGGGGAGGGUCCCGGAGCGCGGGGAUGGGGUGCCGGAGCGCGGGGGAUGGGGUCCCGGAGCGUGGGGGAUGGGGUGCUGGAGCCCAGGGGAGGGUCCCGGAGCGCGGGGAUGGGGUGCCGGAGCGCGGGGGAUGGGGUGCUGGAGCCCAGGGGAGGGUCCCGGAGCCCGGGGGAGGGUCCCGGAGCGCGGGGGAUGGGGUCCCGGAGCGCGGGGGAAGGGGUGCCGGAGCGCGGGGGAUGGGGUCCCGGAGCGCGGGGGAUGGGGUGCCGGAGCGCGGGGGAUGGGGUGACGGAGCUCCGGGCAGGGUCCCGGAACCCAGGGGUUGGGAUUCCGGAGUGCGGGGGAGGGUCCCGGAGCCCGUAGGAUGGGGUCCCCAAGUUGGAAGAGUGGCCCCGGCUCCCACAACAGCGGGGGAGAUCCGGCGGGGGGGAAUGGACACGCGGGGUAGCAGGGGCACACACCCAGCCAGUGGGAGGAUUGCCCGGCAGCUGCUCCGGGACCUGUGGGCGAAUUACUCCAGUGUCCUGAGGCCAGUGCUGGACACGGAGCAGGUCCUCAACGUCACCCUGCAGGUCACGCUCUUCCAGAUCAUCGACAUGGAUGAAAGGAACCAGGUUCUGACCACCUACCUGUGGACCAGGCAGGUGUGGAGAGAUGCCUUCUACCGUUGGAACAAGGAAGACUACGGUGGCCUUGACAACAUACGUGUACCCAGCAGUUACCUGUGGAGACCUGAUAUCGUCCUGUACAACAGCGUUGACUACUUCACCGGCCCGGCGGACACGAACGUGGUGGUCCGACACGACGGACUGGUCACCUGGGACUCUCCGGCCAUUGUACGGAGCUCGUGCCGGCUGGACGUGCGCUGGUUCCCGUUUGACAGGCAGCGGUGCCCUCUGACCUUUGGCUCCUGGACGCACGGGGGGCAGUUGCUAGACCUGUGGCCGGGCGAGAGGGGGGCGCAGCUGUCGGACUUUGUGGAGCACGUGGAGUGGGAGGUGCUGGGGAUGCCGGCCCGGAGGGAGUUGCUCCACUACGGAUGCUGCUCGCAGUCCUACGCCGAGGUCACCUUCACCCUGGCACUGCGGCGACGACCAGCUUUCUACCUCCACAACCUGCUGCUGCCCUGCGUCCUGCUGUCCACCCUCACCCCCCUCACCUUCCACCUCCCGGCCCCCUCUGGCGAGAAGGUCUCCCUGGGCAUCACCCUCCUCCUGGCCUUCACUGUCUUCCAGCUGAUGGUGGCCGAGAUCAUGCCCCCGGCCGAGAGCCCGCCCCUCAUCGGGAGGUACUACAUCGUCACGAUGGCCAUGAUCACCACCUCCACCGCCAUGACUGUCCUGGUCAUGAACAUCCACUACUGUGGUCCUGAGGCCAAGCCGGUUCCCCGCUGGGCCAAGGUGCUCAUCCUCGGACACCUGGCCAGGGUCCUCGCCGUCCACGAGCUGGGUGAGGGCUGCAGGGGGGGGCUGGAGUCCGGCCAUCGGCUGCUGGGGGAGGGGGAGGCCCCCGGCGAGGAGGACGAGGAGGAAGGAUCCGAGGGAGCGUUCCACCACACCAAUCCUCUCUGCGUGGCGUCCAGCAGCGCCCCGCACAGGGAGGUGGAUCAGGGCAGCGGAGGCGGUGGAAGCUGCCCGCACCACUGGCAACAGCUGGCCAGUGACGUUGCAUUCAUCAGCAGCUGUGUCCGGCAGCAGAGGGAGGCUCAGCGACAGGUGUCCGAGUGGAGGAAGUUGAGCAGAGUGGUCGAUCGGCUCUUCACCUGGACCUUCACUCUGAUGGUCACUGUGAUGAGUGUUUUCAUCACUGCCCAAAUGCUGUAG